AAACUAAACGUGAGAAACUAGUCAAAUCUAUCAUUAAACCAGCCAUCUCUCCUUGCAAUUACUCCUAAGAAUUUAAGUAUUCCUCUUUUUGCUGGGGAUUCUUGGGAACUUGUAAUGUGCCCUACUUUGAGAAGUUUCUUACCUAUUUCAAAUAAAUAUCACCACCUGAAAGAGGUAACUAACUAACUUGAUUGACAAUCCCCUUUAGGCAUCCCAGCCUAAUUUCCUCAUUCUUUCCUAACCUUCCACAAGGUGAUAUCAGCCAAUGAGAAUGGACUUGCUCUUUUACACUGGCCAAUCAGAGCACGAUGCGAAAAAGGGGGCGUCAGCAGGCGUGCAGUGUAUAAAGACCUAACUGUACGUCGCUGUCAGAGCACUGUAGCUUUUCAGGACAGUAAUAGGGAGACCACAAGAGGGAGAAAACCAUCACAAACUUAUCCACAAACAUCAAGCCGAGUCUUGUUGUUGUUAGUGUUUCACCUGUUUCUUCACCAUGAAAGCCAUCAGUCCCGUCCGCUCGGUGAGGAGCUGCUACAAGGCCGUGUGCUGCAUUUCGGAGCAGAGUCUCGCCAUCAGCCGGAAUAAACACUCGUGUCUAGAGGAGCCGGUGGGCGCCCUGUGCGACAUGAACGACUGCUACUCCAAGCUGAAGGAGCUGGUGCCGAGCAUCCCGCAGAACGAGUCGGUCAGCCAGGUGGAGAUCCUGCAGCAUGUUAUUGACUACAUCUUCGACCUGCAGAUCGCGCUGGAGGCGGAAGACACAGCUGCGCCGGAGAUGGUUUUGUCAAUAAAGACUGCGGACCUUACUCGCAAUUUCUCCAAAGAAGAAGGACGGUUGUGCCAUUAGGAUGAGGAUGACAUAUUAUGGUGCAGGGAAACACAUGUCUCCACUUCACUCCGGGCAAGAGGACAAGAGGGGCAGAAAGGGUGGGAUAGGUAUUUGGGAGAGAAGAAGGAGGAGGAGGGGGAGGGAGGUGGAGGGUUUAAAGAAAGAAAAGACAAGAAAAAAGUGGACUGUUUCCUAGAUGAGCGGGGAUCAACAGUAGUGCAUGAGCAAGAAAACAGAGACUCAUUCUUUGGCCCCUGGACAGACAAAUCAACACACCAAAGCAGAAGCCAGGAAUGGAAACUGAAAGCGGCUGGCUUUAUAUGCCCUCCUCCAAAAACCUGGGAUCCCCUAGAAGUAGAAAUAUUGGUACAUUGUUCUUUUAUUUUCCUUUUUUGUGUUGCAUUCCAAACAAACUUUUUGUGGGUUAAACUCCACACCUGACCUGAACCCUUUCUACACCAAGUCUCACAUCAUCUCACUUAAUUACCCCUGCAUUAACCCCAGCCAAAUCUGAUUUCUAAUGAUCUGGAGACCGUUACAGCUUCAUAUGUGUACAUAUCUGCUGUGGGUAUGUAAGGUGUGAGUCAAUUUGGAUGUUUUGAUUUUUUCUGAAUGGGAGUUUGGGGUUUUCUUAGGUAUAAUCAGAACUCUAUACUAGAGUUAAUUGUAAAUGUUUGUAGGGAUUGUGUUAUUUCUACAGACAAUGUGCUGUGAGUUUCAUAAACUCUUUAUUAUAAAGUUUGCUUUGUAUGUAUGUUCUUAUGAAAUAAAGAAAAGAUGUGAAACAG